AUGACGGAGCAGAUCAGGAAGUUGAUGAAGUGCUUUGGGAGAGCUGUUCGGAGAUCUGAACAGGCGGAACUCGAUUUCAAUGACUACUCCAAUUUUCUAGCAUUCGAUGUGAUCAGCGACUAUUCGUUUGGAAAGUCAUUUGGCUUUCUUGACAAGGAAAGAGAUCAGCUCAACCUAAUCGCUACUGUCGAUGCACGUGGAGAGGUGCUAAAUGCUUUAGGCCACCUACCAAAAUUCUUACGGCCGGUGAUGAAAUAUUUUAUAUUUGAUCAGUUCUGGCCGAAUGGCCUGAAAGCAACAAGUAGCCUUGCUUCUAUAGGAUCUACUGCCUAUCAUGAGCGAAAAGGCCAAGAGACGGAUCGGAAGGAUCUACUCAGCUUUCUUUUCAAUGCUAAAGACCCAGAUACGGGCUCCCCAUUAUCAGAAAACGAAAUCAUUGCCGAGUCUAUCUCCUUUAUUGUUGGCGGCAGCGACACGACAAGUACAACCAUGACAAGCGUGGUCGACAUUUUAUCACGGGCACCUGAUAUACAGAAACAGCUACAUGAAGAGCUAGAUAAUACUUUUGUUGGGCCACUAGGGAAUAAUUGGGUAGCUGAUUUUCAGACUGUGAAUCGGCUUCCCGUCUUGAACGCCGUGCUUCGAGAGACGAUGCGGUUCAAACCUACAAGUUCCACUGGCCUUGAGAGAGUCACGCCUGCUGGAGGGAAGACUAUCUCGGGGAUCUAUAUCCCUGGGGAGUAA